UACCAUUAAUAGAUAUGAGAGUUGCACCAAAAUAAUAAAAAACCAGUUUGAGGUGAGGAAUUGUCAAUCACAUGAAUGGCGGUGUGAAGAAUGGUAUCAUCUAUAUGGAGCCCAUAUGAUUAAAGUAGGCAAGAGAAAAUAAUAAAGAACUCUAUGCAAGAAGAAAAUAGUACUAGUGCAUCGUGGCAGUGAUUCUUUUAUGAACCAAACAGAUGAGAGAAUGUUCUUUGAGCAAGCACCAUGAAUACACCGAUAAGGUAUGCCAAAAAUUCGCUAUAAUUUAAUUUAAGUUUUUUGGUUUCUUCUCGACAGAUUACUUGAUUCCUGUCGGCAAAAUUCUACUUACAGUCUCUUUCUCCAUUCUCUAUAAAUACCUGUUUGCCAUUGCUUCUUGAUACUAUCAACCCAUUUCCUUUGUUAUUUAUCAUCUUCUUGUUUCUCUCAAAACCAGUCUGCUGAUCAUUAAUCUGCUUUGUUUUCAAUCCUAUUGUUUCAGUUCUCUGUAAUUUUCUGCCUUUGCAGUAGCUUAUAUUGCUAAUUCAAUUUGAUAAUCUAGCUCUUAUUUCUUUUCACUCAUCAGGUUCUAUACCUCAAGUCUCUUAGAAUUCAAGCUUGUGAUUACUCAUCUAGUCUCCCUUCCUCUGUCUUUCCCUGUUCAUGGAGCCUCCAAAUGAAACUUUCAAUUCAGUUCUGGGUCACAUCCAAACUGAUAAUAUGAAAUGUUUCGAGUUAUUGGGUGGGAAGCUCAGUGUUAAAGGAGUUUCGGUGCUCUCUGAAGUUCCCAGUAAUGUCUCCUUUAGUAGUUUCUCUUCUCUGUGUCAGUCUUCUGACGCACCACAUACCCUGUUCCAGAAUGUUCAGUCCAUAUCAUACAAGGGUGGAUUCCUUGGUUUCAGCAAAGAGGAACCAUCUGAUAGGUUGAUGAACUCCUUGGGUAGGUUCACUGAUAGGAAUUUCUUGAGCAUUUUCAGAUUCAAGACCUGGUGGUCUACCAUGUGGUUUGGGAAUAGUGGAUCACAUAUACAAAUGGAGACCCAGUGGGUGCUCUUGGAUGUCCCUGAACUAAGGUCCUAUGUCCUGAUCUUGCCCUUAAUUGAAGACAAGUUCAGGUCUGCUCUUCAUCCAGGUGUCGAUGGGCAUCUCAUGAUCUGUGCUGAGAGUGGUUCUACUCAAGUGAAAGCUUCAUCUUUCAAUGCAAUUGCUUAUGUUCACAUAUCUGACAACCCAUAUGAUUUAAUGAAAGAGGCCUAUAGUGCUCUUAGGGUCCAUCUCAAUACUUUUCGGUUGUUGGAAGAGAAGUCAGUCCCAACUUUAGUAGACAAGUUUGGUUGGUGCACUUGGGAUGCCUUCUAUUUGACUGUAGAUCCCGUCGGCGUGUGUCAUGGGCUGAAGGACUUUGUGGAUGGAGGCGUCUCGCCAAGAUUUCUCAUAAUCGAUGACGGCUGGCAGAGUAUCAACUUGGAUGGGGAGAACCCAGAUGAGGAUGCUAAGAAUCUUGUGCUGGGGGGUACCCAGAUGACUGCCAGGCUUUACAGGUUUGAUGAGUGUGAAAAAUUCAGGAGGUAUAAGGGUGGUACCAUGCUGGCCCCUGACGCCCCAUCAUUUGAUCCCAAAAAACCAAAGAUGCUGAUUUCCAAGGCAAUUGCGAUUGAGCAUGCAGAGAAGGCCCGAGAUAAGGCGAUUCAGUCUGGGGUCAUUGACUUGUCGGGGUUCGAAUCAAAGAUCAAAGCAUUGAAGCAGGAGUUAGAUGGGAUGUUUGGUGAACAAGAGAGUGGUAAUGUUUCAGGUGGAGACUGUGGGAGCUGUUCCUGUAAAGUAGGAGAAUAUGGGAUGAAGGCUUUCAUUAGGGACUUAAGAACAAAUUUUAAAGGGCUUGAUGAUGUGUAUGUGUGGCAAGCUCUCUGUGGUGCUUGGGGAGGUGUAAGGCCUGGAGCAACCCAUCUCAAUUCAAAGGUAGUCCCUGUGAAGGUCUCUCCUGGACUCAAUGGGACAAUGAACGAUCUUGCUGUGGUGAAGAUCGUUGAAGGUGGUAUUGGGCUUGUUCAUCCUGACCAAGCAGUUGAUUUUUAUGAUUCAAUGCAUUCUUAUCUCUCCAAAGUUGGAAUUACCGGACUCAAGGUCGAUGUUAUUCAUACACUGGAGUAUGUAGGUGAGGAAUAUGGAGGGCGGGUGGAACUUGCAAAGGCUUAUUAUAAAGGGCUAACAGAAUCCCUUGUGAAGAACUUCAAUGGCACAGGCUUGAUUUCAAGCAUGCAGCAGUGCAAUGAUUUCUUCUUUCUUGGUACUUGGCAGAUAGCACUAGGAAGAGUUGGUGAUGACUUCUGGUUUCAAGAUCCCAAUGGAGAUCCAAUGGGUGUUUACUGGUUGCAAGGAGUUCAUAUGAUCCACUGUGCUUACAACAGCAUGUGGAUGGGUCAGAUCAUACAACCUGAUUGGGAUAUGUUUCAGUCUGACCACCUAUGUGCCAAGUUUCAUGCUGGUUCUGGGGCCAUAUGUGGGGGACCUGUUUAUGUGAGUGACUCUGUGGGUAGCCAUGAUUUUGAUCUGAUAAAGAAACUUGUGUUUCCUGAUGGAACCAUCCCCAAGUGCCAGCAUUUUGCCCUCCCUACAAGAGACUGCCUCUUCAAGAAUCCUCUGUUUGAUAGCAGGACCAUUCUCAAGAUUUGGAAUCUAAACAAGUUUGGAGGCGUGAUUGGAGCAUUCAACUGUCAAGGAGCCGGUUGGGACCCGAAGGAGCAAAGGAUUAAGGGAUACUCAGAGUGUUACAAGCCAAUGUCUGGGUCGGCACAUGUUAACGAUGUUGAAUGGGACCAAAGGAAAGAAGCGACCGAGAUGGGUGGAGCUGAAGAGUAUGCUGUUUACCUCAACCAGGCUGAGGAACUAAGCUUAAUUACCCCUAAAUCAGAUGCCAUCCAACUGACCAUCCAACCAUCAUCAUUUGAGAUUUUCAGCUUUGUUCCAAUCAAGAAUCUUGGCCCCAUUACUAAAUUCGCUCCAAUUGGAUUAACAAACAUGUUUAACAGUGGAGGGACCAUACAAGACUUGGAGUACUGUGAAUCAUCUGUGGAGAUUAGUGUGAAGAUUAAGGUUAAGGGUGGAGGGAAGUUCUUGGUUUACUCAAGUGGUUCCCCUCAGAAAUGCUGCUUGAAUGGUAUUGAAGUUAGUUUUGAAUGGUCUGCUGAUGGUAAGCUGAACCUGGACCUUCCUUGGACAGAGGAAUGUGGAGGCAUAUCCGAUGUCUGUAUUCUCUAUUGAGUUUUAAUGUCUGAUUUUUUUUUUUUUUUUUUUCUUCUUUGUUGAAAGAUGGAGGGGGAUUUGGGUGAAGUUUGAUAUUAUUAUCUAAGUAAUGCUAAUGUUAAGGUAUAUGUAAUCUAAAUUCCAUUGUUUUAUAAACAAUAAUCCAUUCUUCCAUCUCCACACUA